AUGGCUGGUGAAGCUGCCAUGGCUGACUACAAUAAUCAUCACAUUGAAACUUGGACAAAAGAGCAUGUUCAUGCCUGGCUUUGUGAAACUGUUAAAAUUAAGCCGGAAUAUGCAGACAUUUUUAUAAAAGAGGAAGUAUCAGGUGCAGAUCUGGUAUGCUAUGAAAAGCAAGAUCUGUUAGAAAUGGGACUACAACAUGGUCCAGCUGUUAGGAUUAUGAAACGGUUAACGGAACACCUAUCUCGUCCUGAGAACACUCAGUCCUGCAAAGAAGAGACACAGCCGAAACAGACGAAGAGAGAAAAUGAAGCUGUGUCCUGUGCAACAGAGAUGCCUUCAAAAAGACACCAAACUCAGAGAGCAGAGAGAUCCAAUCAGAUGGCAAGUAAAGUAUUUACAAUACUUCUUGAAUGUCUUGAGGAGCUCACAGAAGAACACUUCAAAAAGUUCAAAAGAUUCCUACAGCAGCCUUUACUAAGUGAAUGCAGUGCAGUUCCUGAAAGUCAAUUAGAGACAAAAGGAAAAAGAAUGGACAUUGCUGACUUAAUAUUAGAAUAUCAUGGGCAGGAAAAUGGCCUAAAAAUCACCCACUGUAUACUGAAGAAGAUUCCACGGAAUGAUCUUGUGCAAAUCUUCACCGAAAAAGUUGACCAACUACAAAUAUCAACACCAGACUUAAAAACAGAGGUGAAAGUCGAGACAGACCACGGGGAGAAGCUGAAGAAUCUGCUGACAUGUGGAGCAUCAACGCUGGGUCACUACAGCUAUUUCAUCCUUGUAAUGAACAAAGCUGAUCCUGAACAACUUGAACACCUCCAGUUUCUUUGCAAUCUGGACUUAUUUUGUGUCCUGGACUUUGAUCCAAAUUCUAACACUAAUGGUGCAUGUAAGCUGUACACAGAAUUCUGCCAUGCAAACCUCCAUUUUCCAGCAUAUUUCCAGAGUGAACCAAGUGCGGUAGUUAAAAAACUGAACCUGUACAACCAAACCAGUUGGGUGUUUUGCAAUGGAAGGCUUGACCUUGACUCAAGACAUCUAGACUACCAAACCUGGCUGAAAGAGACUCACAGGGAAAUAGAACAGAUGGUUUCAUUUAUGUUUAAACCUGAAGUCCUUCCUAGUAGGAAAUGUCUAGUCAUAUUCCUUCUGCUUUCUUCUGUAGAGUCAGAAAAAGAUCCAAUAUUUGACACAUUCAUGACAUUUCACAGGCAGUGUGGAGGGGAAGAGAACAUCAUUCAUAUUUGUAACAAUGAGCACACCUUUGACAAAUGGCAAAGUCUCAUUCAAAACAAAUAUGAGUUUGACAUUGAAAAGAAGUCAGUUUAUUAUCUAGAUUUGAGCCAGGUUUAUGGAAAAAUAGUAAAACUGGCACCACAGUCUCAUCCCCUUGCAAGGUUGCUGCCAUCAGCUGGCUGUAGUUCUGUCAUUCUUAAAAAGAAAGAUGAACAGAGAAUGAAUACAUUGGAAAUACUUUGUGAAAAUGAAUAUGAGGGGGCUUAUGAUGAGGACAGCCCUGGAUUUCAUAAUUUAAAACUUAAGGAUGAGGAAGAAUUCUACAGAGGUGGAGAAGUCAAAUGGCUCAACUUCUACAUCUCUGAGAAACAAAAAGCAAAGCCAUUCAUCAAACGAGACAAAUACGAAGCUGUUAGGACAAUGGUAACAUCUCAAAUUAAGAUGGCCAAAAACACAUGUGUCCUGGUGAAUCUUUUUCAUCACCCUGGUUGUGGAGGUACAACAUUAGCAAAGCAUGUGAUGUGGGAACUUCGAAAGGAUCUAAGAUGUGCAGUUCUGAGUGACAUCUCUGCAAAUGAGCAUGUGGCCUCACAAGUAAUGGACCUGAUGAAAUAUGGAAAAAGUGAUGCAUCUCUUCAAACACCAGCUCUUCUGUUGGUUGAUAAUUCCAAAGAUACAGAAGCUGCAGAAAAGCUAAGAAAUUGCAUUCGUAGAAAAAUUGACAAGAACUGCUUGGUCAAAAAGGAAAAGAGCUUCAGCUCACCGGUUAUCAUUUUAAACUGUGCUCGCACUCAUCUACCAAAAGAACAGUACACACACUGUGAAACAGAUAGUCAGUACAUAACAGCAGAAUUAACAAAGAAAGAGCAAGAUGACUUUGAAGAAAAGCUGCAAGAGCUGAAAGAAAAUCAUAAAAGACCUGAAAACUUCUACAGUUUCAUGAUCAUGAAAUCAAACUUUGACAAGAAGUAUGUUAAAAACAUUGUCUCCAAUAUUUUGAAAGAUCUAGACAUGCAGACCAAACAAGCAAAGCUCCUCUCCAUCAUGGCACUGUUAAACUCAUACAUCCCUGAAUCACAUAUCUCUCAGUCAGUCUGUGAAGACUUUCUUGGGAUGCAACCAUUCCUAUGGGGAAAAGAGACUGUCAUAGAACGAAUGGAACCUUACUCAAAUUUGCUAAUUGAGUGUAGGGGUGGUUCCUAUGGGGAAUACUCAGCUAUCCGUAUCCUACAUUACGACAUAGCUUGUGCAUGUCUUGACGAACUAGAUUUGACAUACAACAUAAAGAUGAGUGACAUUACAUUGGACCUGCUGCACUGUGAUCUGUUUUUCAAAACAGGGAUUGGAAAAGAUGAUUUAAUACUUUUCAUUCAGCGAAUGCUGAUUGAAAGGCAACGCAAUGUGGAGCAUGAGAGAGAGACUCAGUUCUCUCUAUUAAUUGAAAAAAUCCAUACAGAUGAGGGACAACAAAAAGUUCAAGAAAUCUUCAUGAAAGCUUCCACCAGAUAUGAGACCAUGGCUUCCAUCCCCCAAGCCUUGGCACGAUACCUGUACCUUUAUGAAAAGGAUUUCCUUCAAGCACUUGAUUGGGCAGAAAAUGCAACAAAAAUCACUGAAAACUCUUUCACUGUUGAUACAAUAGGACAGAUCCACAAAAACUAUUUAAAGUACCAAAUUGAACAAGAGAAGGAACAAGAAAUGUCUUGCAGUCCAGACCGUCUUGAUUCAUACAUUGAGCUUGCUAAAAAGGCAACCAAUGCUUUUCAAAGAGCCCAGAAACUGGCAAAGACUGAAAAUGAGCCAUAUGAAGAUUGCCAUGUUACAAAAGACACCUACAACAAAUCUGCAGACAUGGGGGUAAUAGAAAUAGCACUUAUCAUCUUUGAUAUAAUUAGCAAGCUCCAAUUUUUUGAUGUAAAAGAUCCAAAAUGGCAACUGCAGAGCUUCCUCAAAGGCAGCAUUUCUAUUAGUAAUGUUGAUUUUGAGGAUAAUGUGGUGAAUCAGAAAUAUGCAGACAUCCUAAAGAAACAUGAAUAUUUCAUUCAUGGGUUAAAACAACAAGCAAAGACUAGCUUUGAAUUCUUUGAGCGAUACUUUAUUUACUUGAAGAGCAGAAAAUUUGAAGAGGAAUCAGGCCAUAGAUUUAGAAGAAAGUUAUCAAAACACUUCAAGAAGUAUAUUUCUUUUUUCACCAUAGAAGAUGAACUGGCACAAAACCUUUCUACAAGAUUUCUACAAGAAAGCAUGGACAUUGAGGAUCGAAAAAUGUUUCUUGAAGAACAGAAAGCGGACACCUUUGCUGGGCUGCUCCAGCACUUGGAGGACAGAAGUGGAGAAACCAUGGAGAAAAUAACAGAAUGUUAUACAUUUUUGAUUGAGCACUCAAAGUCGAGACAUCCAAAAAUCAUAACAAACCUAAUUUUGGCCAACCUAAUCCUGCACCUCUUAAACCCCAAAUCAAAACGCAUACUGCAGGAAAGAGAUCUCAUUCACCUUUUGAGACAAGCAAUGCUAGAAAUACGAGCACAGCAUCCAUUUCCAGAGCCGUACUACCUGGCAUUACUCUUACUUUGGCCCAGUUCUUCAACAACUGAAAUUGAUGAAAAUAUUGUGAUCUAUAUCAAGGCCAUACGCAGUUCCUCACGUCAUCAACUGCCCAAUUCAUUGCGCAGGAGAGGUGCUAUUUCUCAUAUCUUCCUGGGCAAAAAGCCUGGACUGGAAAGGCUUGUUCCUAAAGCCAAGCUGUACUACACAAAUGACCCAAAGGAAAGCAACAGGCUCUGGCAGAGUGGGGACAUCUUUGCUCAGAAAGAUAUCAAAGACCGCCUGCUCCGCGUCCAUGGAAUUGUUGAGCAAGGGGAAGUUUACAUUGAGUACGGUAAACUCAAAAUCCCAGUGCACCCAGCCUUCAUUGAUGCAGUGAGGACUGGAUUCAGUACAGAAAAGGUGACCUUCUACUUGGGUUUUGCCAUGACAGGCCCACUUGCCUAUGAUAUUCAGUAUGAAAAUUAAAAGAGCUCAGCAAAGCAACAUGAGUUAGGAACAUUAAGCAGUAUCCCACCAUGAAUAAUUGGGAGUCAAUAAAAAGCUGUUUAGAUGCAAAAUGAAACAUUCAAAAAUAACAUAAUUAUUGUGUGGAAAAUGAAAUGACGAAUAUGAAAAACAAAUAAACUAGAUAUAAAACAGUACAAUAAGAAUAAGAAUUUGUGAAAAGAAGAAACUUUUCAUCAGUUAGAAUACAACAGAAUGGAAAAACCUCUAUGCACAGAUAUGACAAUUUGAAGUAUAAAGUGUAGAUCAAAAUGCAAAACAUAGGAAAAAUAUCUACAAGAUGUCAGUUUUGGGUCAAAGCAGAGUUUACUGCAUAACUUGCAUGAGUGGCCUACCUUGUUGUGAGCAUUUAUAUAGGAUGAGUCAGAAGUCACAGGACACCCUUUUAUUUCUGAAACAAAAUAUGGUGGCUUCAAGAGGCGACCAUGUUCUGGACAUACCCCAUUACUUGUUGGGGUGUUCAAAUGUAUAAUUAAAAAUGUAAAAUAAUGUCACUUUAACAUUUAGUUUAACCGCAGAGGCAGAAAUGUGUAGGCAGGAGAACAAAUCUCAUGUGUAAUAUAAGUGUAAUAAAUGUAAGCAUAAUCUUCAGACUUGAACAUGUGGAAUCAUGCAAGUUUUUCAUUCACCUGUACAUUUGUACUUAUAUUAUGUGACAAUAUAUGUGAAUGUGAUAUCAAUGAACUAUGAAAAUGAAGAAAUUUUGUGUUCCUUGUUUUUUUUUGUUUUGUUUUUCUGUUGGCAAUCUGUUGUAUAUGAUGUUAGAAUUAGUAUGACUUUUUUACGUUCUUUGACAGAAAUUAAUGUAAUUUUUGUUUUGUACUGUGACAGAGAGAAAACAAAGAAUUUCUAUAUAUGUUGUAUAUAUAGUAUAUUUUAUAUUGAAGUAUAUUAUUAUGUAUUAUUAUUAUUAUGUAUUUUUAAUGGUAAAUAAUACAAUGUAUGGCACACAUGGACACAAAAGACCUGCCUUGUUGAUUCACAAGGCUGAUGUACAGUUUAAUAUUAUGUAACCUGUGGGUGUGUAGCUCAGAUCCUGAAGAGUCCUAGUUAUUGUUGCAACGAUAUGUGAUUUUCACGGUUUGAUAACCAUGUUUAAAAUAAAACAGUUUUGUGGUAUCAUGGGAUAUG